AUGGAUGAAGAGAAUAAAUCAUUGACCAAUGAAGAGUUUAGUAAACGGUUUGGUAGUGGUAGUAGUGCUACGAAUAAAGCGACAAUAACAUCAUUAAAGAAGAGUGUUGCAAAUGAUGCCUCAAAGUCAAAGAGAAAGUGGAUACCAACAAAGAAUGCUGAACUGUUUCCAAAGCAUGUCGACCCAAACUAUAGAGACCGUGCUCAAGAGAGAAGGAAACAUAAUGAUGAUGAGGAUGGACAACGACCUCGUGGACUGGAUUUCGAGGCAUUGGCCAGGGCGAGAGAGGUAGAUGAGCUGCCCGGCACAAACGACAACAGUGAGACACAAACAGAUAGCAGCAUUGCACAUCAAGAUGACAACAACAACAACAGUAAUCGCACUCAGACAAAGGAGAAACAGGUACAACUGCACUCUAAACUAGCAGAGUCCAUUUACAAGGCAGAGAGAUACAUCGAGAUGAAGCGUAGCGAACAGAAGAAGAACGCUACUCGCACUCACAGCACUGAUCUAUUCCUACCUGGCAGGAUGAACUAUGUCUUUGACCUCGAUGCACAUUUCUCUCAAUACCUUCCAACAACCAUUAUAAUCAGCAAGGAUGACUGUCCGCCUCCAAGAGAGACAAUAUCAGGACGUGUAGAUACAUCAAUCAUAAAGAGGAUGACCAAAUUAUUAUCACCUCAGAGCAAUCAAUCAGAUGACACACAUUCACAUGCAUCCAAGGAACAAGCUGGUGCCACAUCAACUUCUACCAUUGUACAUCAACAACAAGAUCAUCAACAACAGAUUGAAUCAGAUGAUGAUAUAUUCUCAGACGCGGAUGAUUAUGUCUGCGAACCAAAGCAACAGAUUGCGAUUCAAAAGGACGAUAAGAAAUCAUAUUUCCACAAUGAUAAAGAGGAGAAUGAGGAGUUUAAACCAAUUGGUGUCGAUGGCGAUGAGGAAGAGAACAAUAACAAUUCAAAGAAGAAGAAGAAGGAUGAAGAUAUGGAAGAUGGUGAAUUCAUUGGAGCUCAGCGACCACCACAAUCGGAUGAGGACGAGGAGGAGGAGGUAGAGGAUCAGGGAGCAGGACCUGCACUACCAUCAAACAUGGAUGAUUAUGAUUAUGACGAUGAUGAAGAGGCCUAUCCAAACACUGAUGAUGUGUUUGACAAACGACAAGAAGAGGACAAUGCACCAUUCAUGCUUGAAUCUCCCCCAACGUCCGACUCUGAAGACGACAUUUCCGAAAGAUUACCAGAGAGCAUCAAGAGGAAGAUGGAAGAGUCAGAUGGCUAUAAUGAAGCAUAUUCUAACUAUGAAGGAUUCACAAACAAGAUGGGAGAGAAGUCAAAGGAACUUGAAUUACUGAAGCAGGCGAUGGCUGGCGAUUCUGCAGCCGCAAAGAAGAAGAGGAAAACUGGCAAGGAUGACAAAUCAAAGUUGUCAAGUCAAAUGCAUGCAAUCGACAAGAUAUUCAAAGAGAAGGCUAAAGAAACUGGUGCCAAGUAUCACAACAUUCUCGAGAAGGACCCUCCAGCUGCUGCCUCAAAGAAGAAGUAG